AUGCAUUUUCCUCUGUGGAAGCAAAUUCACCACUGUGCUGCUCUGAUCUUAGAUAAGAGCAAGAGCAGGAGGAGAGACAACAGCAACACCAACAAUGCCUCCGAUUCACCAAUCGACGUCAGAAGAAAAGCUUCAAUCCUUCGUCGACUAUACGAAGACAAGCUCAGAGAAGCUCUCGAGGAAGCAUCCGAGAACGGGUCACUCUUCAAAUCGCAAGACAUCGAGAAAGAGAAUCAACAAGACGAAACCUUGGGCCGCUCCAGAUCUCUUGCCAGACUCCACGCGCAACGCGAAUUCCUCCGAGCGACCGCUCUGGCCGCGGAACGCGAUUUCGAGACGGAAGACGCAAUCCCUCAGCUCCUCGAAGCUUUCAACAAGUUCCUCACAAUGUACCCAAAGUACGAAGCUUCAGAGAAAGUCGAUCAAUUGAGAUCUGACGAGUACGCUCACUUAUCAGAUUCAAAGGUAUGUCUCGAUUACUGUGGAUUUGGACUCUUCUCGUAUGUUCAGACUCUGCAUUACUGGGAUUCUUGUACGUUUAGCUUAUCUGAGAUCACUGCGAAUCUGAGUAACCAUGCGCUUUACGGUGGAGCUGAGAUUGGCACUGUAGAGCAUGAUCUCAAGACUAGGAUAAUGGAUUACCUCAACAUACCUGAGAGUGAGUAUGGUCUUGUGUUCACUGCAAGUAGAGGCUCUGCGUUUAGGUUGCUAGCGGAAUCUUACCCUUUCCACACGAACAAGCGUCUCUUGACCAUGUUCGAUCACGAGAGCCAGUCUGUGAACUGGAUGGCUCAGACGGCGAGAGAGAAAGGCGCUAAAGCUUACAAUGCGUGGUUUAAGUGGCCAACGUUGAAGCUGUGUUCGACGGAUUUGAAGAAGCGUUUAGCUCAUAAGAAGAGGAAGAAGAAAGAUUCGGCUGUUGGUUUGUUUGUGUUUCCUGCUCAGUCUAGAGUGACUGGCUCUAAGUACUCUUACCAGUGGAUGGCUUUGGCUCAGCAGAACAACUGGCACGUGUUGCUUGACGCUGGCUCGUUAGGUCCCAAAGACAUGGACUCGCUGGGGUUAUCGUUGUUUAGGCCGGAGUUUAUUAUAACCUCGUUCUACAAGGUGUUUGGGCAUGAUCCUUCAGGUUUUGGUUGCUUGUUGAUUAAGAAGUCAGUGAUGGGUAAUCUUCAGAGCCAGUCUGGGAAGACAGGGUCAGGGAUGGUGAAGAUCACACCUGAGUAUCCGUUGUAUCUCAGCGAUUCGAUUGAUGGUUUGGACGGAUUGGCUGGUCUUGAAGAUCAUCAUGACAUUGGUAUGAUGAAUGGUGGUGGUGAUAAAGCUCCCAUGGAAGCUCGGAAAGUAGCUCAGAUGCCGGUUUUCUCUGGUGCGUAUACUUCAGCUCAAGUGAGAGAUGUGUUUGAGACAGAGCUUUUGGAAGAUAGUGUCUCUGAUAGAGAUGGGACUAGUAGCACCAUAUUUGAGGAGAACGAAAGCGUUUCGGUUGGUGAGUUGAUGAAAAGUCCGGCGUUUAGUGAGGAUGAGUCGUCUGAUAACUCGUUUUGGAUUGAUUUGGGGCAGAGUCCGCUUGGUUCUGACCGUGGGAACCACCAUAAGAUUGCUUCUCCGUUGCCACCGUUUUGGUUUACAAGCAAACGGCAGUCGCCGAAACCGUUGGGAGCAAAGAGUUACAGUAGUCCUAUGUAUGAUGGUAAAGAUGUUCUCUCGUUUGAUGCUGCGGUUAUGUCAGUUACUACUCAGGAGACAAACUCAACGCCGUCAAGGAACUUGAGGAGCUCUAGUAAUCUCCAGAUUCAAGAGAUACAGGAAGAAAACGGCGGUGUGUUUCACGCAGGGUCUGGUUUUGGAUCAAAUGGCUCAAGCUCAAAGAUUUCUUCAGAUAUGAAAGAGAAUGCGAUUAGACGAGAGACGGAAGGAGAGUUUAGGUUAUUGGGGAGAAGAGGUACUAGUAGUACUGGUGGGAGGCUUUAUGGUGUGGAAGAUGAACAACCGAGCAGAGGGACACGAGUUUCGUUUAACAUGGACCGUGUGAGUCAGAGUCUUGACCAAGGUGAAGCUUCUUUGGCCUGUGUGUAUGACGAAAGCGAUGGCGAAAACCAGAAUGAGGAGGAGGAUGAUUGGGAGAGAAGAAGAGAACCUGAGAUUGUUUGCAGCCAUAUUGACCAUGUGAAUAUGUUAGGACUUAACAAAACCACAAGUAGGCUCAGGUUUCUGAUUAACUGGCUUGUGAUCUCUUUGCUGCAACUGAAAGUUCCUGAAUCUUCAGGCGGUGACGGAAGACACAUGAAUCUUGUGCAGAUUUAUGGUCCAAAGAUCAAAUACGAGAGAGGAGCAGCGGUUGCUUUCAAUGUGAAAGACAAAAGCAAAGGCUUUGUGAGUCCUGAAGUUGUUCUGAAACUUGCUGAAAGAGAAGGUGUGUCUCUUGGUAUUGGUAUCUUGAGUCACAUUCGGAUUAUGGAUAGCCCUAGGAGUCAUCGUGGUGGCGCUAGGAUCAAGGAAGAUAGCUCUUUGCAUCUACAGAGAGAUGGUGGUGGUAAGCGAGGUGGGAAGAAUGGGUUUGUGAGGUUUGAAGUUGUCACAGCUUCUCUUAGCUUCUUGUCGAAUUUUGAAGAUGUUUAUAAGCUAUGGGCGUUUGUGGCCAAGUUCUUAAACCCUGGUUUCAGCAGAGAAGGUUCGCUUCCUACUGUGAUUGAAGAAGAAGCAGAAGAAGAUUCAGAGACUUGA